AUGGGUUCUGAAAAUGGCACCAGCGCUUUGGUCACCCAUACGCUUGAUGAUGUCAUGAAGCGACGCAGGGAAGUUUGCGCAGAGUUCGAGUCCCACCCUAUGGCCACGACAGCGGAUGCAACUUGUGCCAUCAAGAACGGUUACAGCUGGGACCCCAACAGUUGCGACAUGAGCCAGAAGAGAGGAAUCACUACUGACACGCAGCUGCAAUCGUUGCUGUCCGAAAGGCGUGGAAGGUGCCAAGUUCUUGAAAGCAGCCCAUCCCCCGUGGUUGCGGAUGCUCUGUGGAAUCAGUCGUCGCGGCCUUUGCAAGCGUGCCCAAACCGCCGCCAGACAACUUCCCCGAAUGACACGACGAGCCUUCAGCAGGAGGUUCCACAGCAAGUCGGGGUUGCGACGGAUGGGACGGCUGGAACAGUCGGACCGUUAGAUGCCGAAGUGGAAAGGCCCAUGGCUUUGAAGCUGUCCAACUGGUUGGAUGCCUUGCAGGUGCCCCAGCAACCGCACAGGACUACUGACCAAUCCGAGAAGGCAUCCUCUGCGACGGCGCGCUUGUUGCAGCUCAUGUUGCUUAAAGAUGACAAUCCAACGAGUAGCCUGCACAGGAUCUUGGCGGAAGCCUUUGUGUGUAAGCAUCUGGCAUUCCUCAACUUCAAAGAAGAUCACAUCGAUGCAGCUAUUCUCAUCCUGCUGCGCUACCACAGCCCUGCAAUGCUUCCCCGACUUGUCGGGAAGGCCCACGCUCCAGAGACGAGCAUGGGCCAGGGCGGCUUGGGCUUGCUGGACCAAGUGGGUGCAAGCACAGUGCUGGAUCUGCUUUUGGGUAGGCCGUAUAAGCCAGACAAAGAGGAUCCGGAAGGCUUCUCAUCUGCGCUGGCGCUCCUGCAGAUCUGCGAUGAAGCUGUGCACAGCGGCAACGAGCUAAUCCUGGUCUUCGUCAUUGUUGCAGUGCUGGCAGACCCUGGCCUGUCCAAUCCAUCAGACAGUAGGUCUGCCCAUUCACUCUGGAACUCAGCACAGCGCAUGCUGUCAGCAACUCCGCGCUCGAUGCUGUGCAUCCUAGCUGGGGCUGAGGCCCGUGAUCAGGCCCUCCGUCUACCCAUUGGCUCCGUUGCUCCUGAUGAGAUUCUGCAUCACGUCUAUGAGCGGCCAGAAAGUGAGUGGCGACUUGUUGUUGUGGAUGUCCGGGAUGCCUGUUCAGCGGGGCUUCCGGUAUGUUUGCGAUUGCCAGCUUCAGCGGACUUCGAGGAUUUUGUAGCAAGUCUCCCAGCGGAGCAGGCUCUCCACCUGUGCUUGCUUGCCGAUGAUCCGCUGGAGGCUUUAAAGCUGUGUCUUCGCCUUUCGGGACCCCACGGCGCCUGCCGGCCACACGUAUCCCUUGCCGAAGGUGGCUGGCAGGCAAUAGAAGAGCUUGCGUCAGCUCUGCGCCUCGAGCUCUUACCAGGAACGCCCCAAUGUCUUGAGUCGGACAUGUCGGACAUGCUAGAGACUGGCGAGAGCGCUCACAGUUUUACAGGUACUGUAGUGGAAGUUGCAGAGCAUGUGGCAUCGCUGACAUCCGUGGCAGCAUCGGUAGCGUUUAGAGGUGCUUUCUGGGCUACAAGUGCGCAUGGAGUGAAGCAUGGCCAUGAGAUGUGUGCUGAUGAAUUCAUGGAAGUGUGA